CAAGCAUGUGACGGAUAAAGAUGCAGGACUCUGUACAUUGCUGGUGACACACAGAGAGUCUCUCCUUGAAUCAGAAAUUCUAAUAGGAAUUUCUAACCUCCAUAAGCAGCAACAGAGCGGACUUUCGCUUCGUAGGUAUGACUUAGCUUUCCCUCCCUAAAAAUACGAGGUUAUUCAUCGCCUUGGUCUGCUUCAGUGAAUGGAUAAUUCAGUUGAUAUCAUUGAUAGCAUUCGAGUGGUCGCUCUUUUAGAGGCAUCAGAUUCGACGUUCGCCAGCGCAGUUUCUGUUACUUUCCCUGUCAUCCUCCAAGCAGAUCAUGGCGUCUUGGAGUCGCAUAGCGGUCGUAGCAGCCAUCCUUGGGGCACUCCUCGAGUCCAGGGUCGUCAGCGGACGGUCUUCGAGGUCGUCUGACCCCGAGGCAGUGGUCAUACAUGACAACGAUUAUCACCAGUACGACCCUGAGAAUCUGCCACCUCUGCCCUUGGGUCAACCUGAUUCGAUCGAUUACGACAUUCCAGGGGCGCCAUUGAAUCCAGACGAUUUCCAGUCACCUCCAGAUAUGAUAAACCACGACCCAGUCGGGCACAGCACCAGCUUCGACCCGACCUUGUUGGCAGGCCUCUUCCAGGGAGACAUUCUGCUCAACAACAGAGAGGAAUUAGAAUACUUCACUGUGGGCAAAGGCAAGAAUGCCAUCAUCGACGCUGAGCUAAGAUGGCCCAGUGGAGUUAUACCUUACGUCCUCUCCAGUACAUACACCAGCAGCGAACGUAACAGCAUUGCGCUGGCCAUGAAGAACUUCCACGAGAAUACUUGCAUCCGUUUCGUGCCCAGGACGGUCGAGAGGGAUUACAUCCACAUCCUUAAAGGCGAUGGGUGCUCUAGCAGCGUGGGGAGGGUAGGCGGCGCCCAAGCCGUGUCCCUAGGCCCAGGCUGCGUGUACGUGGGCAUCGCCAUGCACGAGUUCAUGCACGCCGUCGGCUUCUGGCACGAGCAGUCCAGGUACGACAGAGACGACUACAUCUACGUCGACUACAGCAACAUCCAGCCCGGGAUGGACUACAACUUCAAGAAGUACGACUGGAACACGAUCCAGAACUUAGGUGUCGGUUAUGACUUGGAUUCCAUCAUGCACUACGGUAAAAACGCCUUCGCCAAAGACAGGGCAAGACCGACUAUCAUACCUCACCAGACGGGGAUUGAGAUCGGCCAACGCAGGGGGUUCUCCAGGAAAGACAUACAGAAACUCGAACUCCUGUACCAGUGUGCCAACAAGAGUCACACUGGGUUCACCACGGUGACACCCCCGGUCAGGCCGACUUCUACGCCAGAUGGUUGUGCAGACUCCCACAAUUUCUGCCGGGAGUGGGCGUCAACAGGAGAGUGCGAAAGGAAUCCAGUCUGGAUGAAGGCUAAUUGCAAGCAGUCCUGCGUGCAAUGUGCAGGUUGCAAGGACUACCAUGAGUACUGCAUGGAAUGGUCAGAAAUGGGAGAGUGCACCAGAAACCCAGCUUAUAUGAGCCAGUACUGUAUGAAAUCCUGUGGGAUAUGCGAUGAUGCAGGAGCAGUGACCACGGGCAAGAACAAGAAAUGCAAGGACAGGAACAAACACUGCAAAGCCUGGGCCAGCGAAGGGCAGUGUCGCGUCAACCCGGUAUACAUGCAAAAGAAGUGCGCCAAAUCCUGCAAUACUUGCAACUAGCGCAUACGAGGAGGCCCAUACACACGCGUGCGCAUUGAAUAGGAUAUUCUGGAUAUAGAUACAUUACCUAGAUGAGAAGAUGUCACAGUUCUAGCUAUUUGAGUUUUUGUUUUUUGUUGGUAUUCAAAUGGCAUCUUUAUCUUGAGAAUCAUUACUUAUAUUUUGUGUGACUUUGUCAAUGUUUAUGUCUGUGCUUGGUGGUAAAGUUCGCAACAAGGUUAGGCUGAGGUGUUUCUCAUUUUAAUCGUUCAAUUCGCUUCCUGACCCAAUGAUUGUUUGACCUUGGCUGUUUGACCUUGACCUUUGAAGUUACUUGAAAAUGAUUCAUAUUCAUGACCACAUUGGUCACCUGUCUCUGACCCAUUGACGCUUGAACUCUGACCUCGUAAAGAUACAAAAGGCAUUCGUAUAUAUUUGUAACAGAUUGUAGACCAAGCAGACUCCUUGGCCCUGUAACCUUGACAUUUGAAAGACUUGUAAUUAUUUCUUAAAUGAGAGACUUUCUAAAUACAAUAACCUCAAUUACACAAAUAUAACUUUUAGCUCAUCUUGAGUGAGACAGAACAGAGCCAGUUUCCCAGCUGAUAGAAGGCAGGGGGGGGAAGAACGAAGGAAAAAUAAGAGAUAGAAAAGAGAAGAGAGGGGAGCGGGAAGACCCACCUGCUCUCUCUGCGUUAAUGGGGAAUUUGAUUUACCAUUUUUUUUAUUGAAAUUGUUAGAGACAGAAUUGGUUUAUGUUAACUGGAUUUUCAAAGAAAUAAUUGAAAAAUAUUAUUAAUAAUAAUAAUCAUUACUAAAA